AUGCCACCACCGUCAAUCUACCGCCUCGCUCGCACCCUACCUCGAGCACUUCAACCUCUGUCCACCCCUCCACUCGUCCGGACCAGCAUUCGUUAUGCCUCAACCAAACACGCCCCCAGCUUCACACCACCCACCACCGAAGACCUCUACGAGCUCCGCGAGCGAGUCCAAGACAAUGCUUUUCCCAACGCCAUGUGGAAGAAAUUCGGCGAAGCGGGCUUUCUAGGCGUGACCGCCUCCGAAGACUAUGGCGGCCUCGCCAUGGGCUACCAAGCGCACUGCAUCAUCCUCGAAGAGAUCUCGCGGGCCUCCGGCUCGAUCGGCCUCUCAUACGCGGCCCACUCCCAACUGUGCGUCAACCAGCUCUGCCUAAACGGCAAUGAUGAGCAAAAAGCCCGCAUUCUUCCCGGCCUCAUCUCCGGCGACAAGAUCGGCGCGCUGGCCAUGUCAGAGCACAGCGCCGGCUCGGACGUCGUCUCUAUGAAGACCACCGCCACGGAAGUUGACGGCGGCUACAAGCUCAACGGCACCAAAAUGUGGAUCACCAACGGCCCAGACGCAGACUACAUCGUCGUCUACGCCAAAACCGACCCUUCGGCCGGCAGCAAAGGCAUGACAGCCUUUAUCGUCGACUCCUCCACCCCAGGCUUCAGCGUGACCCGCAAACUCGACAAGCUCGGCAUGCGGGGCAGCAAUACCGGCGAGCUGGUCUUUGAGGACGUCUUCGUGCCCCGUGAAAAUAUUCUUGGACCGGUCAACAAGGGCGUCACUGUCCUCAUGGAGGGCCUGGACCUUGAACGCCUUGUCCUAUCCGCGGGAUCUCUAGGUCUAAUGCAAGCCUCUUUGGACCUUGUUCUGCCCUACACCCACCAACGGAAGCAGUUCAACACACCCAUUGCCCACAACCAGCUUAUCCAGGGCAAGCUGGCUGACAUGUACACCAAAUUGCAAGUCUCACGGGCAUACACAAUGGCCACGGCUAAGAAGGUCGACGAGGAAGGUCAGAUCCGUACGCAAGACUGUGCGGGUGCCAUCCUCUACGCGGCUGAGCGAGCUACCGAGUGUGCGUUGGACGCCAUUCAGCUGAUGGGUGGGAAUGGCUACGUGAACGAGAUCCCCGCGGGAAGACUGCUGCGGGACGCGAAGUUAUAUGAGAUUGGUGCAGGCACGAGUGAGGUGAGGAGGAUUGUGAUUGGGAGGGCGUUCAACAAGGAGUACAGAGACCAAGGCAUCUGA